AUGAAUGCUAGAACGAUGUCUUCAUCGUCAUUUUCUAUGAAGCGGCGGCGUCCGCCGUCCAGUUCACCAUCGCCAGCUUCUGCCUCGCCUUCUACGCGCGGUGGCUCCGUAUCAUGUGCGGAACUGCCUCCUGCGUUCAACUCUUCAUCGGGUUGCGCUGCGUCGAAGCCCGAGCCUGCUGAGCUUUACCGGAAGGACCUGAUUUCUGCUAUGAAAUUGCCAGACAAUGAGCCACUUGCUCCGGAUGAAUAUUAUUUCGUCCAAGAUUCUUGGAAACAGGAAUGGGAAAGAGGUGUUCAGUGGCCUGUGAAUCCGGAUUAUCUUCCUGAAGCUCAAGUGAAAAUUGUUGAAUCUGCUGGAAGUUCCCGAGGGGACUUCAAGCCCCCAAAAAAUAGGUACAUUCAUCUACGGGACGAUGACCAGUUUUCUCCGUCGCGGCAUUACUUGUCGAAAGCCGCUGUUAAAGCGAACAAAGUAUGCAAAUAUGAUUUAGACGAAAUUGACUUGCAGUGGAUAAGCCUAUUGAAUCGGAAAAUCGAAAUAUAUGGUCUAUCCCCCGUUUCCGAAUCAAAACUGGAACGGGUCAUCGAAGCGCUAGAAAUCUCAGCCCAUCGAUCUAUACGGCGGAAAGUGGAAGCCGAGAUUGAGAACCUGGACUAUCUUCCUCCUGAACUUAGUCUAGCCUUGCCCGUGUGUGAUGUUUGCCGAUGCUCCGAUUCGGAGUCCGGAAAUGAACUCGUGACGUGCUCGAGAUGUCGAGUGUGUGUGCAUCAAGCGUGUUACGGGAUUUUGAACAGUGUACGUAAUAAGGACUGGUUGUGUAAACCUUGUUCGCAAGGAGUGAAAGAGCCAGAAUGUUUAUUAUGCACUACUCGCGGAUGUGGUGCUAUGAAAACUACGAAAUCUGGACAACAUUGGGCACACGUCAGCUGCGCUUUCUGGAUUCCCGAAGCUUCUUUUGGGUGCUUCGAUAAAAUGGAGCCGAUCACGAAAAUCACCGCGAUUCCUCCAUCUCGAUGGUCUCUAACCUGCGGGUUAUGCGGAAAGCAGCAAGGAGCUUGUAUUACCUGCUCUGUAUCUACUUGUAAAGCGGCGUAUCACGUCACUUGUGGCUUUCGACACAGUCUUGAAAUGCGGGUCGCGUUUUUAGAUGAGUCGAACAAUCAGGCAAAGCUCAAGUCCUACUGCCAGAAGCACAGCAUGAAGAAAGAGUGCGUUUCUGAUGGCGAAUUCGAUCAGCCUGACGUUAAAAAACGUAGACGAGAGCUAACGGAUGAGCAAAAAGAACAAGCUCGAGCAUUGCGCAUGCAACAACUGGAGGCGGAGUUCUUCAAGUAUGUAGACCAGGUUACAGUAGCUGACUCCGUGGGCCUAGAACCAGUGAUCGUCGAUCUCGUGUACAACUAUUGGUUACUGAAGCGUCGGACGAAUUUUAACAAGCCGCUGAUAGCCGCCAAGUUCCGCGACACGGACUUGAAUGGACACAUUGGUCGCAAGAAACAUCACAAAAGCCCCGCAUCUGAUGAGCAGCGUGCCCGAUUGCGCGUAAUCUUGCAUUUACGACAAGACUUGGAGCGGGUGCGCAAUUUAUGUUACAUGGUGAGCCGUCGGGAAAAGUUAGUGCGAGCUUUCUUCAAAACUCGGGAACAAACUUUCGUGAAGCAAGCUCACGUGCUUAGAGCAGCAAAAAUGCUCUCUUCCUCUUCUCCGAAUUCGUCGCAAGCCAAAGAAGAUAGUGCGCAUUUUCUUGACGAAGCUGCAGUGGAAGCAGUUAUACAAGCGAAUCAUGGUCCGUCUAUAUAUGACACCGCCUUCUCGCACGAGAACGCGCGAAUGUGUCGGCCAGAGGAGUUCGAAACACUUUUGGCCCGGAUAAGUGGUAGCAAAAUGUCUCAAAAUGGACAUUUCACGCCAGGGUUGAAAGAUCUCAAUGGGGUUUCGCGAGAUGUCGGGAGCGGUGGCUUCUUGCUCGACAAUCCUUAUCGCAGAACGUAUUUGAACAGUGCCGAACGUCGCCGACUCGGUUUAUCAUCCCGGUCUGCGUCCUCAGAAUCCGCCUCAGGGUCCUCGACGGCAGCUUCAUCCGCAUGCUCGUCCUCCGCCUCAGCUUCGGAAGAUGAAGAUGACAAGACCAAGACGCGGAAGAAAUCUCCUGGUGCUGCAUUCGACAUGAAGAGCGAAAAUCACGUCAAGGCGCCACCAAUAUACACCGACUCUGAAGAUGAACGUGAUGUGAAACUCUUGCGUGACGCCGGAAACAAAGAAAGUGGGCCGGACAUGAGUUCUGAUGUUGGUUCGUCUAAAUCGAGGCGUCCGUGGUCGAAGACUGCAGGAAAAUCGUUACCGGAAAAAGUCUCCAAAGAAAAUUUGGAACCGAGUGCAGGCGCAGCAAAGGUCGGCAGAAAACGCGUGACGAAAGCCCAGUUGCACUCCACAACGGAAAUGGAGAUUUCGAGCUUAGAGGAGGCUGGCUCUCCGGAGCGUGCGUCAAAGAAAACGAAGAAGUUCACCAAAACCCGAGGGAAGAAGGGUGCUGCAGCUUCGUCGGGUGAUGAAGAUGAAAACAUGAACUCGGUGACCAAGGAAAAAACGGAAACGGGGGAAAAGAGGAAUCGUUUUUUAGGGAGAGGCAGGCCUCGGAAGUCCGCUGCGACGAAGAGCGUCGAAAGCAAGGACAGCAAGAAAAACUUGAAUCAAGCCGCAUCCGGGGCUGGGAGCCGAAACGAUCUCGUACCAAAAGCGGCAUUAGAAACGUCGGAGACAUUAGGAGGUGCUGGAAUCUUGUCCUACGUUCCGCAGCGCCGUGCGGCAAGAAAAGCAGCUGAAAACAUCACCGAUAUUUCAAAGUCGAAAGACAUGAUCGAAGAGAUGCUUUUGAGAGAAGUUACUGGUGAAGGGGAGCGACGUCAGAAAAGUGUCGUUGGUGAUACUGGUUCGGGUGCGAAAAGAGCGUCAAAGUCGGGAAAACGGAAAGACAAGAAAUCCAUCUUCUCUGCGUCAGAUGAUUCGGACCUUGAUACUCCCGCUCUCCUUCGAGUUUCUAGUGGAACAGAAAGGUUGAUGACGAAAGAAGAAAAGGAUGCCGAGUUUGACCGAUUGUUGGGCGAAGCAGCUGGGCGGUCUGAAGACAAAAUCACUGCCGGACCGUCGGAUACGAAGCUGAAAACUUCGGAAGGGCGGUCUGGCAGGGAGGAGCCUGGGCCGCCUAGUGCCUCGAAGACCACUUCACGCAAGGCUCGUCAGUCAAAGAAGCGCAACAAGGACGUCGUGCCUGACAACUCUACCUCGAAGCCUGAGCAGUGGAAACGACUCGGCGCCGAAACCGAGCGGCUCGGUGUCACUAAGCCUGGCACUGGUGCGAGUUGGCAGAAGCCUAGGAAACGAGUCUCGUCCGGCAGCUCCGCUUCAGGUACAUCUGCCGGUUCCGGUUCGUCCAGUGGUUCUUCCUCGGAUUCAUCAUCCAGAUCCUCGUCCUCCUCAUCUGGAACUUCCUCGUCUUCCUCGGGCUCCUCUUCAUCCUCGUCAUCGGAAGCGAGUGAUACUGAAACCAAGACCAGUACAAAGGAGCAGACAAAGAGGGAGCGUGCUUCUGGUUCCCCGGCGAAAUCUGCGGUUGCUGUCGAAUCAGCGCCUGUUGAGAUUGCCAAGGAAAAUCCCGUUGUCGCUGAACCCGAGAUCAUCAGUCCGCCGACUCCAGAAGUGGCAUUGAUCAUUGAACCCGAAAAGACCCCCGAACCUGGUGAUACUAUCCCUGUGGUACCAGAAGCAGCUGAAUUGUGUGCGAUCAAGUCUCCCGAAAAGACAAAGAAAGAUGACAGUAGUGAGUCGAGUUCUUCAUCUGGAGAAUCGUCAUCUUCGGAUUCGUCUUCUUCGGGCGAUUCUUCGUCAUCGGAGGAUGAAAAGGAGGAAGAGACGAAAGAGCCUGAAGACGUACCGUUAAGUGAGACUGUGAUACAGCCGGAAGCAUCAAAGGAGACUGUGCUUGUCGAGGAGGUGGAAGAGGGCGAGUGUUUGGCGUUCGCUUCAGAAUCAGUUCCUGAAGUCGAAAAGGUGCCGUCUCCCGCGGCUGCUGCCGUUGUCGACAUUGUGUUGGAGCCCAGCGCAGUCGCUGAUGCAGAACCUCAAGCCGCUACUUCCAUUUUUGAACUGGACGAAGAAGACGCAUCUGUGCCCUCUUCGGCGUUGUCGUUCUUGCCACCACCGACGUUUGCAUUUGACGGCGAACCUGCGGCGUCAUCGCAAGAAACCAUGGAUCUCGUGAAGCGUCUGCGUCAAAACUAUGCCACCCAAGGUGCUCCUAGUGCUAAUCAGAAGGCAGCGGAAGAUGUCGAAGACGUUGGCAACGUCCUUGAAGGCAUCGUGGAAUCUCAGGAAUCGCAACCUUCCAAUUCGAGUGUUGCGCUGGAGGAGGAAGUGGCUAGCUUCGUGCAAGCCAACAGUGCUCAGUUUUCGAAAUGGAUUGAAACUGUUGUGACGAAAACGUUGCCACCUAGUGAUCAUCUCGGUUUCGUGUUCCCUAUGCACGGGCCCGAGGCGGAUCUGUCCAUGGACCCGUCACAAGCGGCCGUCAUGCUGCCAGAUGCAUUGUCUGAGCCCGCGGCGCCGUUGCCUCCGUUACCGGGACUCGAUUCCUCUGCGUUCGACCAGAAUCUGGUUCCAGAUUUGGCUUCAACACCAGCGCAGUCGCUCUUGUCACCACCACAAAUGCCUUUCUCAACGCUCGUCGGCCAGUUGCCUCCGUUAGUGACGAAUGCCUUGCCGACGCUGUCUUCGUCGAAUGCUCUGCCGCCUGUUGCCUUACCACUGAUGGCCACUUCUGGACCCUUGACGCCUGUGAUUAGUGCCUUGCCAAAUCCACUCGAGGUGAACGAGCAUGUCUCUGCUUUGGAGUUGCAUCAGCCUCCAUUACCGCAACUGAUUGAGGGAGACCUGCAGCCGCCUGUGAUGAUGACGGUGCAACCAGAGGUGAUUUCUGUACCGAGUCAGGAUCAGCAGCUUCCGUUGCCUGACCAGUGUUUGCCUGGGUUCCAUGAUCAGAGUUUGCAUUCCUUCCCGGAUUGCGGCAACGGCAACCAGCAGACAAAAUGGAAACCACUGGCUCCAGCAGCAGAAAUUCCUUUGGAGCCCGCAAAACCGUUGUUUGCAGACCUGGACGAUCAGCGAAAGCCAUCUCCACAACCUCUGCCGGUUCUCGAACAUCCCCAACAACUUCCGUACCUUCAGAGCAACGUGCACCAUCAUCGUGGAGAAACGGAAAGUUUGCUGGUGAAGAAAUCGCCGAUCGUGAGACUAACCGAAAAGUCCCCAGUGUCCCUAUUCCCCGAAAAGGAAAACGUGGACGCUGCAGUGACAGCUGCUCAGGCUCUUGGACCUACGCUGCCUGAAGCGCCGUCAUUGAUCCAGGUGACAAAAGCAGCGUCUGGCAAGACGCCACGGGCUCAGCGUUCGGUUUCACGCGAGAUUUUACAGCAUCGUCGCGAGAUCAAAGAGCGCAAAAGCACGCUGGCUCCUUCGCGUGUUGCCAUUUUCAAUCCGAACGCGCAAAGUGUGGCUAAACGAGGACGACCGCCAUCUAUGUCCAUCCCACCAGCUUCAUCAUCUUCAGCAUCCCCGGCGUGGCAAGAAAAACGAACGCCACCGAACAAAACCCCGAAAAGUUUGCUGGGGAGUGUCUACGAGUUCGAUGAAGACGAUGAGUUUGGAGCUGCUCCUACGAAGCGCGUGGACAAGAUUGUCGUGAUGGAAGAUGCGCAGAAGAGCAGGAGGAAGAGGAACGCUGGUGGCCAUCGAACAAACAUGCGGCGGAAUCGCGGCGAGCAGAGUUCGAGCGAGAAAAAGAAGCGUAGCCCACGAAGGAAGCCCGUUGCAUCACCGAUUACUUCUCAACGAGAAAGCAUAGAAUUGGAGCCUGAAAUUUUCAUCCCGAAAGCGAGUCCGGCAGCGGUCGUCUUGCAGUCUCCGAGGAUUGUAAUCGUGGAACCGAAACCUCCUGCUGUGCCGGAGCUGGAUGCCGAUGCGUUGUUCGAGCAGCUUCAGCAACAACAACAACAACAACAGAGACCUCUGCACGAUAAUAAAUUCAGUCCUAGAGUGCCAGCAGCUCAAGCAGAAGUUCCGUCUGUAUCGAUGCAGGAUGAAUCAGCGAGAGUCGAUUCAUUCAAUGGGCCCUGCACAAGCGGAGUUCCAGAAGCUACGUACAAGUCCCCUCUUGCCUCGGAAACGGGGGCAGCAUUUGACGAGACCAUUGCUUCGACCGAAAUACCAGAUGUGCCACCUGGAAUCGUUCCUGUUCAAGGAGUUCCUGCGACGUCGUCAAAGUCAGCCGCCGAUUCAGUUCAUGGAAUCGUGGGUUUCUCACCGAGAUCAACGCAACCCGUGUCCGUUGUACCGCUGACCUCAUUCGCAUCAACUUUCGCCGCGUCCAGUCAGCAGAUUUCGGCGAAUAGCGUCGCGCAGCUCGAUAGUUGGCAGAAAACCGCCGAAGCGUUUGCGGCCGAAGCGAAGUUCUUUUCUAGGCCUAGCGAGGACGUUAAAUCUGAUGACUCAUCACGGAAUCAGCUGAAGGUGAAGAUCAAAGGUCCAUUUCGGGAUGCGAAGUAUUCUCCUCAAUUGUCGGGUGCGUCCGGUGCCGGUCCGGGUUUACCAGUCGACGGUCCUGCUGCCAUGUUGGACCCGAGUGCGUUUUUCGAUCCGGUGUCGAUGAUUUCUGGGGCCUUCAAGAACCGCGUCGAACCCAUGCCGGAGUUCAGUGUCCCGCUGAGUUCUCAGUCCGAUAUCCCGCCGUCUAUUCCACAGCCGGUUUUGCCUCCCCUCACACCUUUCAAUCCGCACGAUGCGUCGCAGACGUCGUCCACUGUCGCCUCAUCGUUGCGUCGCAUGCGAAAGAAGGAAAUUAUCCGGGAAUAUUGUGCCCAGGAAGAUCCGCCGGUUUCAUUUUCCUCGAUGCCCAUGAAUUCGCAGUCUGCGUCUUUGAACGCUUCCAGUGGCGGGUUGUCCAGUUUGACGUAUCGUCCUUCUUCGAUGCCAGGGCUGAUCUCACGAGGAAAUGUGUCGCAGUUCCGUCAAAGCAAGGCUUCUGGGCCUGCUCCACUCGGACCGCGAAUACCAAAAGCCGUUGCCUCCAUGGCCAUGCUGCCAACGCAGAACGAUUAUCGAGAUUUUGUGUCGUGUCCGUCGUCGCCUCCGUUCCAACCACCGUUUCCUGAAUCUCUCAUGUUUCCUUUCGAACCCCCGCCGGUGCCGACUGGGAAAGGAAAGAAGAAACGGCGGAAGGGAAGAGGCGGCGGUGGUGGUGUUGGAGCAACUUCAGCAAGUGCCAGUUCUUCUGCUGGAAAGAAACGGCCGAGACGCGGUGGUGUUUCAGCGCGGGAGUUGGCGAGCCUCGGUUGGACAAUCAAAGACAAGGAAGAUCCAAUCCCACCACCGGGUUUGUCUCUUACCCUGCCUCUACCGAUUGUGCCCGAAGCCGCGGAGAAGGUGGAAGAAAAGGUGACGCGUGCGAGACAAAACAAGCAGAUACCGUGUUCAAAUCCCGUGGUUGUUCUGACGAACGUGGACCCAACUUCCGUCAUUGGGAAAAAGCUCAAGACGAACCCGGAACUCGGAGAGCAGUUUACGCCAAAGGCCCCGCCAAAGAUUCGAAUCAACUUAUCCAAGAACGAAAGUUUCCAAUUCACCGAUACGCCGGAGGACAGGGAUUCGCACGAGGCAUGUGACCCACUCGCGUUCACGGAAGAAGAUGCCAAAACCUCAUUCCAAAACGGGCCCGCUGAUGAUAUUUCCGCAUUGCGUCGAGUCCGUCCUGGUAAACCGCUCAAGAAACGCAUCUCGGACGAAGGAGACACGCGGAACGGCAUGUCUAUAAAGAUCCGCGAGGAAAACAUGAAGUUCCGCGACAAGAUCGAAGCAUCUUUCCCGCGGCAAGCCAACGGGACUGCGGAAGGGUCGGGAAAGAAGAGCAAAAAGUCCAAGUCGAAGAAAAGCUCCACCGGUCCUCGGUUGAUUUUGAAAUUGGGCGGUCGAUUGGUGAAUAGUGACAUCCCGAGAACAGUGCCGAUUCCACCGGAGCCCACGUCCCUGUGUUUGCCGCCAGUUGUUCCAAAACUUAAACUAAAGUUGUCGAAGGACCCCGCUGGGGGUUACGUGACGUCGACGUCACAAGCCGCACCGCAAAUAGUCGACAACGGCGAGGCUCGGUGAUGCGAACUUCAUUCCUAAGCGUUAGCAGCAAUUUUUCCCCCACUGAUGUGUGUUUCUUCCUUCGAUUCUCGGUUCACAUCUGUCCGCUUGGAUUUUUUUUUUCAGCCCAAGGAUACUGAGGAGUAGAACGUGAGCAGCUUUGAAUCUUGUUGGGCCUCAUGACCAAAGUUCUUUGUACUUUUGACUCCAGCGUGUAACUUUUCAGCAGUGACAUGGCGGUCAUUUCGCCAGAAUCGCGUAGACCUCAACAUCGACGAUAUUAUCCGUUUGGACUUGCAUUUUUGUGCGAUUUUGUUGUAUUAUCAUCAUUACCCUCGUUAGAAAUCAAGCGUUUCUCAUAAACUGUUCGUAAGUGUUCUUGAAUCAGAAUUACGUUGAUGCAAAAACAAAAAGGGUUCCGUGGCGUAAUUCAAGAUAUGUAUGUACCUUUUAAAGUUAUCCGACGAAUAAUGUCGAACUGCGUAAUUGGCUGUUUCGGUUGUAGAAUUUGUGCUGCAGAAGACCGUAUUAAUGUCCUUGUAAGUGUAGUGGUAACCAAUGGCGCGGUUUUCGAGCAAUAUCUCGCAGUAAGAAAAAAGGCUACAUCUUUCAGAAUUUUGACUAAUCAUCAUAACCAAAAGUUCGUUGGCAAUGUAUAAUCGAUUUAAGCAUUUAUGUAUCCCCAGUUGUCACUUUCACAUAGCAAUGGCUACGGUCUUAUUUGCUCAAACUCGUGGCUAGGACGAGAGAGUGUACCGAUUGAAGUUUCCAGCUACUGUGAACUUUGUGUUGUUUCUUCUUUCCGUUCCGCGCCGCGGGACGUUAGGAAAAUAUGUUUCGUGGUCGCGCGAUCGAAUGUGGAAGCGAAGUUUUGUCAAGUAUUAGCGAAAUAUGGAAUUAGUGUUUCAAUUGUGGGGAAUCGAAGCUCGGAGUAUUUUUUUAUUCAGAUUUUUUUGUUCGAAUUUGUGAUUAAGUUGGGUUCCGAGCAUCAGUGAAGCGCGCAUGGCCGUCGGGACAGUCCGGCGAAACUGUUAUUCGUAUUUUGGAUCGAGAUUCUGUUCAUUUAUUUAAUUUUGUAAAAGCCGGGGAGAGAUUCGGUUCGCUUCGUGUUUAUUUUUUGGUUUUCCGUAGUCGUCGCGAGUGACGAAUGUUGUGACGGUUUCCCUUGGUGGGGACGCGCUACGCAGCAAAUCAGCAGAGUGUUUGACAGGAGUACGUGUUAUAAAUACCCAGUUCGUGACUUGGCUUCAAGGUUUUUUGCGAGGAAUUAAAUCAAACGUGCGUUUCCCGGCGGAAUUUUUGCGGUGUGUUUGUUACGAUUUGAAAAGUACCUGAACAAAUGUCCUGUUUCCCCGGGGUUCGGCCAUUUUGAUGCUUGUGAAUCCUCGCGCUGACCCUAGCGAAGUUUUUUUUUUUUUUUUAUGGGAAGGAACAAUAUUGAAGAGCGUGACGAGAGUGGAUGAGAAUUACCUCUCACACUGUGAUAUAACGGGUCUUCAAAUCGACGUUUCCUUCUUGUUCUUCUUCAUGAUGAUGAUGAUGAUGAGCCCGUUGGCUCAAGUCGGACGGCGAAAAGGGCCACUAAGCUUUUUUGAUUUCGUUUUGAUUCUUCCCUUCGCAAGGGCGGGUUCAUUUUGUGCGCGGAGCAUAUGAGUGAACUGUGGUUGGUUGCCAGGUAACGUUGCCGCUCUCUCCCCGAUCCGGUUUGUUUCCUCUCGACCGCAUAAUCUCGCAUGAGAAUUAAUAAAAAUUGAGGUGAACUCCAGCAAA